AGGGAGUCGGCGCGUGGGCUCGAGCCACGUGCGGGCCUGCCGCUGCAGCCUCGCUCCUUUGGCCCUCAGAAGGAGCCUCUGGGUCACCUCCCUCCACUUGGCCUGCGUGUCCAGCCCCCAAGUUCUGGGCCAAGAGCCCCAGGACCACCGCUGGGACACACGAGUUCCAUCAGACCACCGGAGCUGUGCAGGUGGCCAAGCGUCCCUGCCAGGCCAGGGGCUGCCUGCGUUCCCAUCAGGAGGGACUGCCAGGGACCUGCCCUCAUGGCGAGGGGGACUGGACACUGGUCCACCUGCCCCACACUAGAGCUGAGCGGCCACAGCGCUCAGCCCACGGUGAAGGGUAUUCUCAGGAAAGCCACUUACCUCUGCACGCCAGCGUGUGGUCAGGGGCUUGGGGCUCAGUGCUGGACAACUGACCCUGGGAGCCCAGCCUCUCCAGGCGCAGCAGCUCCCCUGUCCGUGCCCGCGGGCCUGCCCCAGGCCAGUCGGGGACCCAGAGGUCCCUGAGGCAGGGGAGGGCGUGGACUCCUGCAGGCCCCGGCCUCCCUCAUCAGGCGGGAGCUGCUCUGGCCUGGCAGCUGUCCUCGCAGACGACAACGUCCCUUGGGAACACGUGUGUCCACUGUCCGGGCCUUCCAGCCCCGGAGGCGUGCUUGCUGUCCCCAGGCACCCUGCGGGUCCCCGCAGACUACCUCCACCUCUGCAGGUGGCCGCUGGCUCUACACGGGGCCCUGAGUGGCAUUCCCAAAUCUAGGACUUCCCCUCCCUCCUCCCGAGAAGGCUGCCUGCCACAGGGCCUGAAGGGGCAAAGGGCGGGGCAAAGGGCGGGGCUUCGGCUCACAGCUCUAGUGCUCCGAGGGGCCUGACUCGCUGGCAGCCCCCUCCGUGGCCCCCCUGCCUGUCCUCUUGGAGUCAGGAGCUGUGGUCACGGCGGUCGGGCUUCCCGGUCUCCUCCGAGUUCUGGCCGGGGGGGCCCCGAGUCUCCCCACACCAGCAUCCGCUUGGCACCGGCCCGGGUGGGCCUUGGUCAUCCUCAGCAGGAUGCAAACCUGCCGGACCGGCCCGGCAGGGGGGCGGCGUCAGUCCCAGACACGGGCACACCUGCUCCGCGCGCCUUUGGAGGCAGAGUGUCGUGUGACCCACUGCGUCUUGGGUCACUCAACAGGCAUAGCGUUGCCACUGGGUCCCCGAGGGCCCCGCCAAGAGGGGACACCUGUGUCAGGAGUCUGGGAGGUCCCCAGUGGCCAGGGGCCAGCUGGGCCCCAGCUGUGCACUGUCCCCAGCACUGAAGUUGGAGCCUAUUGCGACUGCAGCCUGGGCCUCAGCCGAGAGGCCCUCAUCGCCUUGCUCGUGGUGCUGGCGGGCAUCAGCGCCAGCUGCUUCUUUGCACUCGUCAUCGUGGUUAUCGGCGUCCUCCGGAGCAAGGGUGAAACGUGCCCCGAAACCACGGACAGCCGGACGGUGGAGCACUACGGGGUCCAGGAGGAUCACAUGGACCUGCAGACGGUGCACAUGGAGUCCCACCUCAUGGAGCCCCUGCAGAUGGAGCAGGUGGAGCCCCACCUCAUGGAGCCUGAGCUGCAGGUCGCCCUGAUGCCGCCCCUAGAGGGCCACAGCCUCAUGACCAUCCCCAUGGACCCCUCCCUGACUCUGGAGAAGCACCCCCCACCGGAGUGGAGCUGUGGGCAGCUGGAGGAGGGGGAUUAA